GAAAGGAUGUCUAAAAAUUUCCGAAAGCUUUUUCGCUCUAUUAAAUGCCGUAAAUGCGCGUUAAUAUACUGUACGAUACUGCUACUAUACGAUUUUAAAUUUUUUUUAGUACUUAAUUUUAUUGGGUAGAAUCCGUGAACGUACAGUUCAUAUUUACUUGACUUUUACAGCAGAUGGGUAUAUCUUACCAGUUCCUGGAAAUGUGAAAUGUAGAGUUUAGACAGAGUGCUGGUGUUUUCAACUGAUUUUUAAAUUUUUUUUAUCUUAAUCGGUAUUCUUAUUGACUUCACAGGCCUUCCCGAACCUUUGAUUGAUUGACCGACAUUGACGCCAACCCCAGUUUACCUUAAUCAGUAAUUAGUGCUGCUUUUAACAAUGCACUGCAGUUUAUUGCCUUUACGCGCGACAAGGCACCAGCAGGUAGCAGUUGAGAGGUAAAUCACCGUAGUGCUCACCGGAUACACGAUCCCUUAUUGUGCGUCAGUUUGAAUGACGGAUCCGAGUCAGCGGUGGGCGAGUUACUCAUUAUCGUCAUGGUCACGGUUCCCACGAAUAGUUCCAGUUCGGCCACUUCCACUGCGGAGCCUCUGACGAAGCCUCUCCUAGGUGAACGCCAACGUACUGCUCCCAUGGCAUCUUUAAGUCGGACAGUUUUGAUCAACAGUGCCCAGCAGGGAAAAUUCAAAACGAAUGUUGUCAGAACGACCAAGUAUAACGUUCUCUCAUUCCUGCCCCUCUUCCUUUUUGAAUCUUUCCGACGAUACUCAAACGCAUUUUUUGCAUUUAUCGCAGCCCUACAGCAGAUCCCCGAUGUUUCCCCCACAGGUCGAUGGACCACACUCGUUCCACUGACAUUUAUCCUUUUUGUUUCGGCGUGCAAGGAAAUUUUUGAGGAUUUUAAACGAAGAAUCUCAGAUAAUGACGUUAACAAUCGGACUGCUUUGGUUAUGCGCAAUAACGAAUUCACACCAGUGCGCUGGCGCUUGAUCCGCGUUGGAGACAUCGUUAAGGUGCAUUCUAAUGAGGAAUUUCCCGCUGAUCUGAUAUUACUCUCUUCCAGUGAGCCGCAGGGUAUUUGCUACAUUGAAACGGCUAACCUGGACGGAGAAACAAGCCUAAAAACACGAUCAGCUUUGGAGCAGACGCAUACAUUUUUUAGCCGGAAUGAUGGUCACAGCAGUGCUGAAGCUGCAGUUGAUUUCAAUAUUGCUGCGAGUAUUGAAUGCGAGGCUCCAAAUCGACUUUUACAUGAAUUUACGGGAAAUCUAAAUUACAAUGGCCAGACUAUACCGCUAAAUGCCGAUCAGCUACUGCUCCGUGGGGCUCGGUUGAAAAAUUCCGAAUGGAUAUAUGGUGUAGCGGUAUAUACGGGUGACGACAGCAAAUUGGUGCAAAACAGCAAAAAAGGAGCGAUGCUACUUCUAAAAAGAUCGCAAAUGGAUGAAGUUGCCAACCGUCAAAUUAUCAUCAUGUUUAUUUUACUAGUGGUCGUAUGUAUUAUUAGUGGUUCGGGAAAUGCGAUCUGGAGAACUUAUCAUACUUCCGACUGGUAUAUAAAGCCGAUGCUGGAAUCUCAGAAUUUUGGAUUUAGCUUCUUGACAUUUUUCAUCCUGUACAACAAUCUGAUACCGAUCAGCCUUCAGGUUACAUUGGAAAUGGUGCGGUUCUUCCAGACGCUUUUUAUUGCCUGGGAUUACGACAUGUAUGAUCCUAUUUCGGAUACCCCGGCUGUAGCGCGCACGUCCAAUUUAAACGAAGAUCUUGGACAAAUAAAAUUCGUCUUCUCCGAUAAAACUGGAACUAUAACAGAGAACAAGAUGAUAUUUCGCCAGUGCAGCAUAGGCGGUGCGGUUUUUGGUACCGUAAACGUCAAGUCGGAUCAGUACGUGGACAGCAACAUGGGUGAGACACUUGCAACCGAUACACCGCUCGCAAAAGCCGUCAACGAUUUUCUGCUGGUGUUAGCCCUUUGUCAUACUGUUGUCCCAGAAGUGAACCCCAAGGAUGCCGACCGACCGUUUUAUCUGGCAUCAUCUCCGGAUGAAGCGGCCCUCGUCAGUGCGGCAGCGCAAAUGGACUACAUUUUCCUGAAGCGCAAUCCCAACAAAGUGACCGCUCAUAUUAAGAACUGGAAGACCAAACAAUUUCAGAACGUUGAUUAUGAAUUGCUGGAUGUCCUGGACUUUGAUUCUGAUCGCAAGCGAAUGUCGGUGAUUGUCCGCGCACCCACCGGUCAAAUACUCCUCUUAUGUAAGGGCGCCGAUACGGUUAUCUGUGAUAGACUCGCUCCCAAUCAGCCGUUAUUGGAUGUCACAAUGCAGCACUUGGAAGAUUUUGCCAAAUUAGGAUUGAGGACAUUGUGUGUUGGCUCAGCGGAAUUGGCGCCGGAUGUGUAUGCGGCGUGGAAGGAGAAGUACACGGAGGCAUCCAAGGCCAUGGAGAAACGAAAAGAGAAGGUGUCGGAAGUCUCCAGUUUGAUUGAAAAAGACCUGAAGCUGUUGGGCGCCACGGCUAUCGAGGAUCGCUUACAGGAAGGUGUACCAGAAUGCAUCGCGAAACUUUUGGACGCCGGCAUGCGGGUAUGGGUUCUGACCGGCGACAAAGUGGAAACUGCCAUUAACAUUGGUUAUUCCUGUAGCCUGCUCAAGCAGGACAUGCCUAUCUGGCGCAUCACCAGCCCCACAUUACAGGGCGUUGAGAAUGAUGUGAAAAAAUUUCGUCAUGAAUUAGGAGACUCACUGAAAAAGGAAAAUAAUCACAUCGGCUUGGUGAUUGAUGGAAAAGCGUUGUCAUUCGCUCUGGAUCCGACAAUCCGAAAGCAUUUCCUGGAGCUGGCCAUUUCUAUGAAAUCCGUUCUAUGCUGCCGAGUGAGUCCGAUGCAGAAAGCUGAUGUGGUGCAGUUGGUCCGGUCGGAUAAUCCCAAAGUGGUUACACUGGCUAUCGGCGACGGAGCCAAUGAUGUGGCCAUGAUCCAAACAGCCCAUGUUGGUGUCGGAAUCAGCGGGAAAGAAGGUCUUCAGGCUGUGUGCGCUUCCGACUAUGCGAUAAGUCAGUUCCGGUUUCUGCAAAAACUGCUGCUCGUUCAUGGUGCAUGGAGUUACGAGCGCAUCGCCAAAUUGAUCUUAUAUUGCUACCACAAAAACAUCACGUUGUAUAUUAUGCAGUUUUAUUAUGCCAUUGCCAGUUCUUUCUCUGGGCAGACCAUGUUUGAACGGUGGACUAUUGGUUUAUACAAUCUGGCGUUCACAGCGGCUCCACCUUUUAUUUUAGGAAUAUUCGAUCGCAGUACAUCGGAUAGCACGCGCAUGGAAUAUCCCGCGUUGUAUCAGCCCGGACAGACAGGCGCAUUUUUUAAUUUUAGGGUGUUCUGGCGUUGGAUCGCUACGGCACUGUUUCACGCAGCCAUAAUUUUUGCCUUCACGUAUUUUAUGUUUACCCAUGAAACUUUGUGGUCAGAUGGGCUGAAUUCGGGAGGAUUUGUUUUCGGUGCGGCAGCGUACACGUAUGUCAUUAUGGUUGUGUGUUUGAAAGCCGGCUUAGAAAUGAAUUCCUGGACAUCGGCAUCUCAUAUCGGAAUCUGGGGGAGCAUCCUAUCGUGGUUUAUUUUUCUACCGAUUUACGCCAAUUUAUGGCCGCAUCUUUUGAAUUUCGGAGAAGAUUUUGUGGGAGUGGAUCGGGCAUUGUUCGGGUCGUGGCUGUUCUGGUUCGGCCUACUCUUAGUUCCUGUUGUUACAUUGAUCUUCGACAUUUGCUACAAAAUCUACAUUAACCUGUUUCAUCCCAGUGUGGUGGACAGGGUGCGCCAGAUAGAACGACAGAAGAAGCAGAAAUCCCUGCAGAAUAUGAAAGAACUGCAGCCCCAUCCGCAUGACAACUUUCCGCUGGCCGACGUGGAGAUCGGUUCGCCGGGCAGAGGUUAUGCGUUUUCGCAAGAGGAAAACGGUGCCAUCUCGCAGUCCACAUUAGCCAUGCACGAAGACACGGAAGCGCAUUAUCAGGAGCGACUAGCGCGGAGGUCGCGGGAAAGCUUGGUUUCUUUUAGCAAACGAGGCAGUCCGCGCUCCCUUCCUACACCAAGAAGGAACAAAUCAGCGCUUAAAGUGAAAAACUUGUGAAUGUCUAACGUUUUUUUCUUGGCAGUUUUCUUUUGUUUUACUUGAAUUUUUUUGAAUGUGGAGGCUGUUUUGCUGAAAUGGUAUCUGUGUUAAUUUUGUUGACUGUACAGAGCAUUUAACUUUAAAUGUGUCAAUAAUCUGAUGACAGUUGAUUUUUGAUCGUUUUUCUGUUACCUUUUAUUGCAAUAAUAAUAAUAC